UUUCAUUAGUAAUUGUUGUCAGUAGAAUAAAAUAGAAUCGAAACACCGAAGGGCAAUGGACUUAACCACAACACUUUUUUAAUUAUUUUUUCCCUUUUGUCUCAUUCUAUAUUAUCCUUAUACUCUUACACACACAACACUGGAAUGGAAAUUAACCCAUCCUUCAUACAUCUCACCACCCAUCCUCACUCUCAUCACUCCCCUCCAUGGAACACCAAUCAUCGCCACCGCCUCCGCCUCCGCCUCCGCCUCCGCCAUCAACUUCGCCACCACCACAACCACCCAAAACCUACACACUAACCGCCACCUCAAUAUGCUACACCAAAUCCUCCUCCUCCAAACUUCCUCCCUUCUUCAACCAUUGCACCACCACCCCUCCAGCUUACAUCCUCAAGGACGUCUCCCUCACCGCCCACCCUUCCCAAAUCCUCGCCGUCGUUGGCCCCAGCGGCGCCGGGAAGUCCACCCUCCUGGACAUUCUCGCCGCCCGAACCCUCCCCUCCCACGGCACCCUCUCCGUCAACUCCUCCCCUCUCCUCCCCUCCUCCUUUCGCAAGCUCUCCUCCUACGUCCCCCAACACGACCACUCCCUCCCUCUCCUCACCGUCUUCGAAACCUUCCUCUUCGCCGCCACCCUCCUCAAACCCUCCGCCCCCGACCUCCGUGCCCUCGUCUCCCAACUCCUUUCCCAACUGCGCCUCUCCCAUCUUGCCCACACGCGCCUCGCCCACGGCCUCUCCGGCGGAGAACGAAGAAGGGUCUCCAUCGGUCUCAGCCUCCUCCACGAUCCUGCCGUUUUACUCCUAGACGAACCCACUUCGGGGCUUGACAGCACUUCCGCCUUCAAAGUCAUGCAGAUUCUCAAACAAACUUGCCUCUCUCGCAACAGAACCAUCAUCCUCUCCAUCCACCAACCCAGCUUCAAGAUCCUCUCCUGCAUUGACAGGAUCUUGCUGCUUUCCAAAGGAACCGUCGUUCAUCAUGGAACCGUUGCCACCUUACAGGGCUUCUUGCACUCCAAUGGCUACACCGUCCCUCAGCAACUCAAUGCCUUGGAAUACGCCAUGGAGAUUUUGAAUGAGGUUAAGCCUCUCACUCCACCCAGUCUUCAAGAGUCGCCCGAAAGUUCAAGUUCACUAAAUUUGGUUCCUGGCGGUGGACGAUCAGGGAGCAGUAGAGAGAGCAUCAUGUAUAAAAGCUCUAGGGUGCACGAGAUUUUCACUCUUUACGUCAGAUUUUGGAAGAUUAUUUACCGAACAAGGCAACUUCUUCUGACCAACACUGCCGAAGCGCUUCUCGUGGGGCUUGUGUUGGGAACAAUUUAUAUCAACAUAGGUUUUGGAAAAGAAGGGAUCGAGAAAAGGUUUGGUCUGUUUGCUUUCACUCUCACGUUUCUCUUAUCUUCCACCACCGAAACCCUUCCCAUCUUCAUCAACGAGAGGCCUAUCGUAUUAAGAGAAACUUCAAGUGGGGUUUAUAGGCUCUCUUCUCAUCUCAUUGCAAAUACGCUUGUUUUCUUGCCCUACUUGUUCGUUGUUGCUGUUAUAUAUUCUAUCCCGGUUUACUUCUUAGUUGGCCUCUGUGCUUCAUGGCUUUCUUUUGCUUACUUUGUUCUGGUCAUUUGGGUCAUAGUUCUCAUGGCAAAUUCCUUCGUGCUCUUCUUGAGCUCUCUUGCACCCAACUACAUUGCCGGAACUUCCCUCUUGACGGUGCUUCUGGCAGCGUUUUUUCUUUUCUCUGGUUACUUUAUCUCCAAGGAUAGCUUGCCCAAGUACUGGCUUUUCAUGCACUUCUUAUCCAUGUACAAAUACGCUCUUGACGCUCUUCUCAUCAACGAGUACUCGUGCUUGGUGUCAAAGUGUUUGAUAUGGUAUCAAGAGAAUGAACAGUGCAUGAUCACUGGCGCUGACGUGCUACAGAAGAGAGGGCUCAAAGAGAGUGAAAGGUGGACCAACGUGUACAUCUUGAUCGGCUUCUUUGUACUGUAUCGUUUGCUUUGCUUCUUGGUUUUGAUUCGGAGGGUGUCGAGAUCCAAAACAUAAUAAAGACCGAUAAACGUUGUAGUAUUUUCUUUCAUUGUAUGGAUGUUUUUGUUUUAUUUGGUUUCUAUCAAGUAUAUAAUCGGAAAUACAGCCACAGAAAAAGUUUGAUUUAUAGAUAUGAAGUGGACUUUUCGUUCUCA